AUGUCUACAGAGAUCCCAAAGGAGUAUUUAGAACUUCACGAAAAGCGUCUUCACGAAAUGCUUGAGUACCUCAACAAGGACUGGAAGCUUUCAAAGGAAGAGCCAACAAUCAAAUUCUACACAGCCACAUACCCAGGCAGCUCAUUCUCAAUGGUAAAGUCCAUAGUCUACGUCAAUGGCAAGGCCGAAGAGACAGCAAAGAUCUUAGAUGAUGUUUCUACAAUCGAUGAUAAGACACCAAAAGAAAUCGCCGAUGGAACAAAGGAAAGAUACUUAUUCGGCGGUGUUGAGGGUGGUGCUCGCUACCUUUACAUGGCUCUCGAAUCAGGCUCUCGUUUCGUUUCAGAUCGUGAAUUCUUACUUCUCCGUAAGCGCUACGACCUUGAGGACAAGAAGGUUUGGCUUUGCGUCUCCAUCGAUAACACAGAGCUCAAGCCAGUCGGCAAGGGCAACGUCCGUGGAAACAUGACUUUCCAGGCCUACAUCCUCGACAAGGAUCCAGCCAACAACGAGGAUCGCCUUACAUUCAUUGUCCAUGCCGAUCCAUGUGGCUCAAUUCCUGCUAUGAUUUACAAUUCCGUUGCAACAAAUCAAGGCAACGGAGCACGCAAGAUUCGUGACGAUGUCAUGAAGGAGAAAUAA